AUUCUAAAGCCCACAAAGUCUCGCGUUAUUAUUUAUUGAUCGCAUUUAUAUCCAGGAAGACAGGGUUGAUGAUAAAUCUUUAGUGUAAAAAAAUGGCGACCGGCACCAGCGUCAACCCGUUUAAUCUCAGCGACUCCGAGGAGGAGGCUGAGCGGAGGCCGGGCAGAGCUGACAACCAGCGGGGCUCUAGCGAUGGACGGGCGGGGCAGCUGAGCGGACCUCUCUCGCCGCAAGCUGACUCUGAGCCGACAGGUCUGCUGUCCAGCAAUAGGACGAGUCCCAGUGUGGAAGGUGUUUCUGUGGCUGCUGCAGCUGCAGGAGGUGGUGCAGAAGUCCGGGUGCCUGUGGACGUGAUCGCUGCUCAGUUGCUUCGGGAUCAGUAUGUCCUCACGGCUCUUGAGUUCCACACCGAGCUGUUGGAGGCCGGCAGGGAGCUGCCCCGUCUCCGGGAUUACUUCUCCAACCCGGGUAACUUUGAGAGGCAGAGUGGGACCCCACCCGCUUGCAAGGAUCAGGGAUUCGGACAGUCUGGACAGCUCAACCGAGCCGGCAGCAUCAGCACUCUGGACUCCUUGGACUUUGCACGGUAUUCUGAUGAUGGAAACCGAGAGACAGAUGAGCGUGUGGCAGUCCUGGAGUUUGAACUACGGAAAGCCAAGGAGACCAUUCAGUCCCUUCGUGCCAACUUGACUCAAGCAGCAGAGAGCGAAGUUCCUACACAAGAACGAAAGAAUUAUAAAUCGAGUCCUGAAAUUCAGGAAGCAAUCCGACCUCUUGAAAAAAGAGCACUGAACUUUCUUGUGAAUGAAUAUUUAUUAAAGAAUAAUUACAAACUCUCGGCAAUCACGUUUUCAGAUGAAAAUGACGAUCAGGAUUAUGAGCUGUGGGACGAUGUCGGGUUGAACAUUCCAAAGCCUCCAGACCUGCUCCAGCUUUACCGGAGCUGCGGGAGCCACCAGACCGCCUCCAGGGACGCGGCCGACACUGCUGUCAGGGAGAAGCUUGGGGAGCUUGAGGUUCUCGCCACCACCAAAGAGGCCCUUCACACUGCCGAGCAAAUGCAGCAACACACCGUAGUGAAGGAGCUGGAAUACCAGAUCAAUCUCUUAAACAGUGAAAAGCAUCUUUUGGCUGAACAGAUCAAAAAGCUUCAGGGUGAAAUAGACGCCCUUAAAAUAAAGAGCCUCACUGCUCCGUCGUUUGUAUCAGAAUCAGGGAAGCCAACGUCGGAUCAAGUGCCUCACCCUGUCCCUGUUGACAACGGACAAUAUCUGGACAUCAUAGGCCCUGACGGGGACAGCAGAACUGCACAGCGAGAUCAUAUCCCUAAUUCCAUUGGGACUAACACAAACACACACUCUGACCUCCCUACUGCUGAAACACUGUCCGCACACUACAGAAAGUUAAAAAAUCAGUCAUCCCGGAGCAAAGCAUCUGUACAGUUUGAUCAACCCAACAGAAAGCUGUCCCCUGCAUUCCAUCAAGCACUGCUGUCUUUCUGUCAAAUGUCAGCCGACAGCCGCCUAGGCUCAGAGGUGUCCCGUAUUGCAGACAGUGAAGAGAGCGUCACGCUGAUGCUGGGGCGCUGCUUACCACACAUUGUGCCCAACGUGCUUCUAGCAAAACGGGAGAGAAUGGUUGUGCAUCUUUGUCAGGAGUUGAUCCCACUGAUUUUAUGUACGGCCUGCCUUCACCCUGAGCCCAAGGAGAGAGAUCAGCUUCUGCACAUUCUCUUCAAUCUGAUCAAGAGGCCGGAUGAUGAGCAGAGACAGAUGAUCUUGACGGGAUGUGUGGCAUUUGCACGUCAUGUUGGAGCAACGCGUGUCGAAGCUGAGCUUCUGCCGCAAUGCUGGGAACAAAUCACCCACAAGUACCCGGAGAGAAGACUGCUGGUGGCAGAGUCUUGCGGAGCCCUUGCACCUUAUUUGCCUAAAGAGAUUCGCAGCUCGCUGGUGCUCUCAAUGCUCCAGCAGAUGCUGACAGAAGACAAGGCAGACAUGGUCCGAGAAGCUGUGGUCAAAAGCCUCGGCAUCAUCAUGGGGUAUAUCGAUGACCCAGAUAAAUAUACCCAGGGCUUCGAGCUCAUGCUGAUGGCCCUGGGGGACCCCUCAGAGAGGGUAAUCAGUGCAAUACACCAGGUGUUCAUCCCAGCUUUCGCUGCCUGGACCACAGAGCUGGGCAGCCUGCAGUCCCAGCUCAUUCCCACACUGCUCAGCAGGAUUGAGAAGCUGCUCAGGGAAGGAGAGCACGGACUAGAUGAACAUAAGCUCCACAUUUACCUUUCUGCACUCCAGUCACUGAUCCCUGCCCUGUUUGCAGUGGUGAUACAGAAUGCCCCCUUCACGAAUAUAGCCAAGCUCCAUGGAGAAGUGCUGCCCAUAGAAGUUACCAGGUUCCCUCGGCCAGCCUCUCCUCUCCAGGACGUGGCCACCAUCGUCGGCAGCAGAGAACAGCUGGCGGUGCUACUUCAGCUCUACGACUAUCAGCUGGAGCACGAGGGGACCACCGGGUGGGAGAGCCUGCUUUGGGUGGUCAACCAGCUGCUGCCGCAGCUCAUAGAAAUAGUUGGCAGGAUCAAUGUUGCUUCCACAACUUGUGUCCAUGAAUUUUCCAAAUUCUUCUGGAGGUUGUGUAGAACGUUUGGAAAAAUCUUUACAAAUACAAAAGUGAAACCACAGUUCCAAGAAAUCCUCCGGCUUUCUGAAGAAAACAUUGAUGCCACAGCCGGAAACGGCAUCCUAACAAAGGCAACAGUACCUAUCUAUGCAACAGGUGUCCUAACGUGCUAUAAUCAGGAAGAAGACCGCAAGCUAUUGGUGGGAUUCUUGGAGGAUGUCAUGACAACCCUUUCUUUGUCGCAUGCGCCUCUUGACAGCCUAAAAGCUUCAUUUGUGGAGCUGGGGACGGGCCUGCUGAGAUGUAGCAACUCAUUCAGGGAGACAUCUUGUCAGCAAGCAGCAGGUGCCAACCCUGCAUACCACGAGCUGCUCUUAACAGUCCUGUGGUAUGGAGUAGUCCACACAUCAGCACUGGUGCGCUGCACUGCUGCAAGAAUGUUUGAGCUGUUGGUGAAGGGGGUGAAUGAAACUCUAGUAGCUCAGAGAGUUGUUCCUGCACUUAUUACUCUCUCCAGUGACCCAGAAAUUUCUGUAAGGAUAGCUACAAUACCAGCAUUUGGUACGAUCAUGGAGACAGUUACGCAAAAAGAGCUGUUGGAAAGAGUGAAGAUGCAGCUGGCCUCCUUUUUGGAAGACCCCCAGUAUCAGGAUCAGCAUUCUUUGCAGAUGGAGAUCAUCAAAACAUUUGGAAGGGUUGGACCAAAUGCUGAGCCCAGGUUCAGGGAUGAAUUUGUGCUUCCUCAUUUACACAAGCUGGCUCUUGGUAACAACAUGCAGACUGUGGAAAGCAAGAGGCAAGACAUCGCCAUGCAGCUCUUUGAAGCCUACAGUGCACUCUCCUGUUGCUUUAUUUCAGAAGAAUUGAUGGUCAACCAUUUUAUGCCAGGUCUGAGGUGUCUAAGAACUGACAUGGAACAUCUUUCCCCUGAACAUGAGGUUAUUUUAAAUUCCAUGAUAAAGGAAUGUGAGCAGAAGGUGGAAAACAAGUCAGUUCAGGAACCUCAAGGUUCAAUGUCCAUUGCUGCAAGUCUUGUGAGUGAAGACACAAAGGCCAAGUUCCUCAACAAAAUGGGUCAGCUGACCACCUCUGGGGCCAUGUUGGCCAAUGUAUUCCAGAGGAAAAAGUGAAGAUGAAGGCCCUGCUCUCACCUGACACUAACACAGGCCUUCUGCUGUCCAGCACCUCGAACUUGAACUCAAUCAUCUGCAUUUUUGUUUGUUUGUUUGAUUGUUAUUAUUAUUAUGUUUUCUGGUGAUAAUGAUUUUAUUCAAACUUCCAAAGAAAUGUGCACUUCAAUUGGUUUAAUUUGGUGUAUAUCUGAUGUAUUAUGUUUUAAUUUAAUUUUUUUUUUUUUAAAUGUGUGGUCGGUUACAGAAAAAAAAAAAAAAAAAAAAAAAAAAAAAAAGUUAAAUUUUGCUCCUCCCUGUCUUGUCUCAAUUGUUUUGUGUUUCUGACAUGGUUUUUAUAAAGUGGGUAGUAAUAUUUUGGGCUUAAUUACUUUUUUUUUGGACUUGGUUUAAAAGCAAAUAACUGUAUAAUACACUGAAUUAUUAGAUCGGUACCUGUAUAAUGUAAAUUUGAAGUCAAUGUCAUGAAGUAAUAAAAGUGAAGAACACUUGUGUACUUAAAUUGUGAUAGUCAUGCAGACUGCUUUUUAUUAUAUAGACAGUUUCAUAAGCCACCAGCCCUGUACCUUCUGUAAUACAACACUCACAGGCUUAAAACAGGAUUGGGUUUAUAGCAAGGCAGUCAUAUCUACAUCCUCAAGUAUCUUGCAAAAAUAUCCAUAAUCAAAUGACAUAAGACUUUUAAGUACUGGUGGCAACUUCAUGUGAAUUCCUGCAGAAUUUCCUAAGAGUAACAGUACAAGAGUAAAGAAUACCUUUUUAGUGAAAGCUGUAGUUACACCAGUGCCCACGUGUUCACAAAGAGGAACCACACUGUUUGGAAUUGGUAUAGGUCUUUACAGCUGUUAUUUUGUAGUGUUGAAUGAUAUUGUAAAGAUCACUUGGAUAGUUACUGUUGUAUUGGAACGAGCAGUAAUGUCCCUGUAUGAGUUUGAAUUUUUAUUUUAUUUUUAUUUUUUUACUAUGCCACCAAUGUAAUUAGGAAAAUACUCAGACUGGAAAGUUAGAGAGGCAUGUGAUUAAUAGAGAAAACAAUAGGUUUAGUUGUUUUAUUGUAUAUAUUUCAUGGUAAGAGAGCAAUGCAGAAUGUCCAGCACAACAAACCUCAGGUAAGGUUGGUGUUAAUGUGAAUUACCUGUGUUGGCAAAGACUAAUACUUUCGGGGAGGGAUGUGCCAGUAGGCUCCCAUUGUUUCAAAUGGACCUUUUUGUAUUUCUGUUAACUUUACUCAAGCUGGUAUGGGUAAUGUUAUUUCAAAGAUCCAAGCCAUUGGCCAGUGAGCUGAGCACCACUAUGACACAAAUUGCCAAGAAUACUACCCACAUCCACUGAAAUACCUGCCAAGUUGAAUUACUCCAUAGCGUGUACCAUUCAACCAAUCAUAUCUGUGAAGCGGGUAGGGGACUUUUGAAGCGCUCUGUUCUUAUUGGUGCUGCUGCUGGCAGGGAGGACUUGAUAGGGCUGCUGGUUAGUUGGGGUUUUUUGUGUUUUUUUUAAUGAUAUUAAAAGGCCAUUUUCCACUUAAUUCUGAAUUAAAUGCUUCCUGAUGGCAAACAAAACCUUCAGUAAUUCACUUACCUGUAAAUAUCACAUAAGUAAGUUAGUUGUGAAAGUCUUUUCAUGUGAUUUUGCUGCUGUGAGAUAUAAGACGCGAGAGGCUGGGUCUGCAGAACCCUUGGUAGAACAAACAAUAUGCAGUUUGGAACAUUUCUGUUAAAAAAAAAAAAAAAAAAAAAAGUAAUUCAAACAAAUAAAAUAGAUGUAUGAGUGUACGGAUCUUGGUUUCUUUUGUUUUAAUAAAUCACUUUGUACUUAAUUUCUAGCUAGCUGAUCUAUUGAUUGUUGUCACCCUGAAUAAGGCAGUCUUCUAAGAAAUUCAUUAUAAUAAUUGAAUUAACUGGGGAAUUCCUUUCUUACUCCCCAUUAGAAGUGUUUCUACCUUGCAUUGGUCACAAUACAGAUUAUCAAUACAGUUUUAUUACUUCACUUCCAGGACACCUUUUUCAUGUUAUUAUGAAUUUUUUUUAUGUUAUUAAUCAUUGUAUCAAUUAAUACAAUAAUAAAACUCAUAUUCUAAGGGAUAUAGUCAAUAAAACACUGCCUAAGCUUUAAUAGAAUAUAGCAAAUUGCUAAAAUUCACCCCAAAGAAGUGCACAUUGUUGAAACCUAUGAAUAAGGCCAAAUGUUGUUGAUCUACUCUACUGGUUAGAAAUAUUUUCAUAUUUUCAUAUUCAGUUUCCAAUUGCAUUGCAAGUUCUCUUGGAAACAAGCCAUUUGUCAAAAUGCCCUCUGUUCUUUUAAACACUUUAAUUUACUGGGAUUAAAAAAAAAAAAAAAAGAUCUUGCAAAUGUGCACCUACUCACAUCUCAAUAAGCUUUAUCUAACAAAAUACGCUUUUUGCAAGAGGUCAAUGGCUUCUGUCAAAAAAUAAGUGAUGGGGAAGAAAUCAUCUAUAAAACCUGAAAAGAGCAAUACUUGUUAUGGUUGUUAGGUUUUAUUUAGCAAGUAGCAAUUGUCGAACAAUUCAGGUGUAUGUGUACCGUGUGUAUGUUUAAUGUCAUGUGGGAUUUACAAUAGGGGAAGUGAGAGAAACAUGGACUCCUUAAACAAAAGGGUGAAAACUAAAGUAUCAUGCUAAGUUUAGAUACAUGUUAACAGUUUUAUUCUUUCCCCAUUGUAUCUAAUUUCACAAGCCUCUAGUCUUGUUUGUGUUCUAUUCAAUGAAACCCUGCAUAGUAUGGUCACUAUACAAAUGUGUUUUUACAUCAGUGACUACUAAGACUGGUAUUGCAUCUUGCUUACUAAAAUAUUUGAGAAUGUACACGCACCAGGAAAACCAUGUUAAGUUGACACAGACAGCUUGUUUUCAAGAGUGAAAAUAUUCCUGUUUUUAAAGAGGCGAUAAUAAUCUAAUCAGAGAAGCAGGCAGUUGGACCCUUAUAUGUUU